UAGGGCCCGGCAUUCGGUCUUCAGCCUCCUCAGUUGUUUCCCGGAGAUCAUGGCUGCUCUCCUUCGUAAAGCGCUCGGCGUGAGCCGCCUUAGGCUGCCGGUUCUGUCUCAGUGCAGCAGGAGGUGCUCGGGAAUAGUGGUGGAUGACACGGUCAAUGGGCUGAAUGAUGAGCAGAAACAGGUCUGCACGAUCUUCAUUCUGUUUAGCUCCAGCUGUUGGACUACAACUCCCAGAAUCCCUAGUCAAACUUAUCCUUCGCUUAUUGCUGCGGCAUACCAUGCGCAAGUUUUGCCAGGAUCACCUCGGCCCCAUUGCCAAUGAGAUUGAUCAGAAGAAUGACUUUGCGGAGAUGAAGAGCUUUUGGAAGAAGCUUGGAGAACUUGGUGUCUUGGGAAUUACUGCUCCAGUUGAGUAUGGCGGAUCUGCUAUGGGCUACCUGGAGCACGUUCUAGUAAUGGAGGAAAUAUCACGGGUGUCUGGAGCUGUCGGUCUCAGUUAUGGGGCGCACUCCAACCUCUGUAUCAACCAGAUAGUCCGCAAUGCCAACGAGGCUCAGAAAGAGAAGUAUCUUCCCAAGCUGAUCAGUGGGGAGCACAUUGGAGCCCUGGCUAUGAGUGAGCCAAACUCAGGCUCUGAUGUGGUGUCCAUGAAACUAAAGGCAGAAAAGAAAGGGGAUUAUUAUGUGCUUAAUGGAAAUAAAUUCUGGAUUACUAACGGACCUGAUGCUGAUGUGUUGGUGGUUUAUGCAAAGACAGACCUCUCCGUUCAACCAGCCCGUGGUAUCACUGCUUUCCUGGUGGAGAAGGGAACGCCAGGAUUCAGCACUGCACAGAAGCUGGAUAAGCUGGGGAUGAGAGGCUCUAAUACCUGUGAGCUUGUGUUUGAGGACUGCAAGAUUCCUAAGGAGAAUAUAUUAGGACACUUGGGUAAAGGAGUCUAUGUGCUGAUGAGUGGUUUGGACUUGGAGAGACUGGUCUUGUCUGGAGGCCCAUUAGGUAUCAUGCAGGCCGUGUUAGACCACGCAAUUCCUUAUAUGCACACCAGAGAAGCCUUUGGGCAGAAAAUUGGUCAUUUCCAGCUGAUGCAAGGAAAAAUGGCCGACAUGUACACCCGCCUGGCAGCUUGUCGCCAUUACGUUUAUAAUGUGGCAAAGGCUUGCGACCAGGGACAUGCCGAUCCAAAGGACUGUGCCGGGGUGAUUCUUUAUUCAGCAGAGUCUGCUACGCAAGUGGCUCUUGAUGGCAUCCAGUGUUUGGGGGGUAACGGGUACAUCAAUGAUUACCCCAUGGGCCGCUUCCUUCGAGAUGCCAAACUGUAUGAGAUUGGGGCCGGCACCAGUGAGGUUCGAAGAAUUAUCAUAGGCAGAGCCUUCAAUGCUCUGUACAAAUAACCUGGAUCUCCUAACAACGGCCUCGUGCUGUACAGACAGUGGGGAGCAGAUCAUGGGGCGCUCACUGUAUUUGUAUUUCUCACAGACACAUCAUGUGUUUGUAUCAGGAAAAUCUCAGAACCACAAACAGAGGAACCAAUAGAGUCCAGCCGUGUGACGCUGUUAUUCUUCUCAUGCUGAGACUGUGAUCAACAAAGGGUUAAUGGCAGAUCUCUCUCGUUUUAUACAGACGCACAGAAAUAACGGGACAUUCUAAAUGGGAGUGAUAGAUAUAGUGUCAUUUUGUGAUGAUGUCACAAUGGUGAUGGUGUCGUGCCGCACCGGCAUCUGAAAUCCCCCCGGGCAGUGAAUGUGUUAAUAAUCUACAGACUGAUAUCCCAUAUUGUGUGCCUAUAGGCUCAGAAAGGAAAGCCGUCAUUAUUACCGUAAUAAACGUCAUAGUUCACAA